UGUUCAAAGCUUCUUUCAGACACAACAGUAAUCCAGUUUUAUCCAAGCAAAUUUGUCUUAAUUACAGAUAUACUUGAUACUUUCGAUAAUUUUUCUCCAGAGACUGUUAACGAUACUGCUAAAGAGACUUGCUUAAACUGGUUUUUCAAGAUUGCUUCAAUCAGAGAACUCAUUCCUAGAUUUUACGUGGAAGCAGCAAUACUGAAGUGCAACAAAUUCCUAUCUAAAACGGGGAUUUCGGAGUGUCUCCCACAGUUAACAUCUGUGAUCAGAGGAAUCGGAGAUCCACUGGUUGCAGUCUAUGCAAGAGCAUACCUCUGCAGGGUUGGGAUGGAAGUGGCACCACAGCUCAAAGAAAGCCUCAACAAAAAUUUCUUUGAUUUUCUUCUAACAUUUAAACAAAUUCAUGGGGAUACAGUUCAGAAUCAACUGGUAGUACAAUGUGUAGAAAUUCCUUUGUAUUUAACUCUCUACUCACCUGCUAUCGACUGGAUUUUACAGUGUAUUGCAUACCGUGCUCCUGAGGUUCUGCUUACCGAGAUGAUGGAGAGGUGCAAAAAAUUGGGCAACAAUGCCCUGCUAUUAAAUUCAGUAAUGUCAGCCUUCAGAGCAGAGUUUAUUGCUGCAAGGUCUAUGGACUUCAUUGGCAUGAUUAAAGAGUGUGAUGAAUCUGGAUUCCCAAAGCAUCUUCUCUUUCGCUCCUUGGGGUUAAAUCUGGCAUUGGCUGAUCCUCCUGAAAAUGAUCAGCUUCAAAUAUUAAAUGAAGCCUGGAAAGUUAUAACGAAGCUGAAGAACCCGCAGGAUUAUAUCAACUGUGCUGAAGUGUGGGUGGAGUAUACGUGCAGACACUUCACGAAACGAGAAGUCAAUACAGUUUUGGCUGAUGUUAUCAAACACAUGACUCCUGAUAGAGCAUUUGAAGAUGCUUACCCACAGUUGCAGUCAAUUAUUCAGAAAGUUAUUACCUACAUCAAUGAUUUCUCUCUGCUUUUUUCAGUGGUAAGUAAUACCAUGUUUCCUAAUAUUUUUUAGGAGAAACUAUGUUGCACAGUUUCCAUGAGACAGUUUAGCCAAAUUGCAUGUUUAGGUUGUUUGGAAAUUCACAUUGUGAGAGGACUUUUUAUCACAUAAAUAAGUGCGGAAACAUCUUGGGAGUUGUCUACUCCUUACUACUUAAAUAGUCAUUAUUCUAAUUUCACUUUCCUGUACUUUUUCUUGCUUAUGCACUUAAAUUCUGUAAAUGUUGUUGUUACGGUAUAGGAGACAAUCAGUGAAAAAGAAAAUAUCAUUUAUUUGUAUCUCUGGGUGUAAUUGCUGAUAGCUAGCUGUUCCUGUGUUAUCCUUUAACUGUUCUAUCAUAGAAUUUAAGUUUGACACAAAUCACGAAGAAAAUUAGAGAAGUCAGAGUCUGGGUAAGAGGUGGAAAAAGGAAAGGCAGCAGAUGUCAAAUUAGUAAAACCAGCUCUUCAGAGUAAAAUUCAAGACUGACUCUAUGGCUUUGGAGUCAAAUCUUGUUCAUAGAUUGCUCAGAUACAUCUGACAGAUUUACCCUCACUGUAUUUUUGAGAUGAUGCAGAAACAAAAUAUCUCAGCAUCUGAACAACCUAAGCCCUUGUCUUUGAAGAAAAUUUGAACGUCCUAGACCUGGAUAAGUUGCCCUGGACAUAUCCACAAUGGAAAAUAGGCAUAUGGCCUUUUUCAGUUGUUUUAUACCCUAAUAAUUGUUCCAUACGUGUCUGAAUUUGUCUUGAUUUUAAGCUGUUUCAAUUGUAUGAUUGCUUUUUAAUAAUUUGCUACAUUUGAUUCAGACUGUUCUAUGUUUUGUACUUUAUUCUGGAUUUCUACAAUCAGUAGUGGUCAUACAUUUCAGCCAUCUGUUUCCUUCUUUCAUUAGUAGUCUUCCAAACUAAAAUAUUGUCCUCAAA